CAAGCCACAAGCCACAAGCAGAAUUUGUAAGCACAUCAACUGAACUGGCAAACAGUGAGAGUCAAAACGAUGGCACUUCAGUUGCGAAAAAUUUUCAACGACAUCAGUCGCCAUCAAAUGAUGAAACUGUGUUCAUCUCGCGGAAUCUCAACUCUACUGAAUGUUGUAACCAACGAUCAACGACUUAGAAUUGACACCUGUCGAUAUCUUAUGCAAAUUUUGUCGCGCCGUAUAACAGGCGAUUAAAUACGUCAAUCGCUCAAGAUUUUGAAUUUUUCGAAAUAAUAUUUUAAAAAUUCUGAAAAAAAAUACAAUUCGCAUUUGAAGUGAAAGUGCAUGAGGGAAACCACGACAAAGUGUAAUAAAAAUAAUAAAAUUAAAAAUAUUCCCAACGAAUUUCCAGUUAAGCGAAAAGUUUUUCGAAAACUUAUCGCGUGAAAAAACUAAAAAUUCUCGUAUAACUGAAGAACAUUGUUAAAAAAAAAUUAUAAUAAAAAAAUGUUAUUUAAAAUUCAAAAUAAAAAUAAAAAUAAAAAUAAAAAUGCCUCAGAGAAAAUAAAAGUGGCGUCUAAAAUUUAGUGGGAGAGAAGCUGUGAAAAAAAGACUGAAACUGUUUUGAAAGCGAGUACUAAGAAAAAACAUUGUUCCUUCACUUAUACAAAAAAAAAAGAACAAGCGUUAAAAAUCCCAAUAUUUGAUAAUACUUUUAUGUGAAUCACAUUUUGCAGUUUAAAAAUAUCAAAUUAGAAAAAAAAUUUCGCCGUAUAAAACCAAAAAGUUCUGGUAGUACAACGAAACUUGUUACAAAAAAGUGCACAAGGAAUAAUGUCAGUUCAUACAUAUGUACCUAUGGUAUAUGAAAAACUUUUUUUUCUAAAAAACAAAGAAGGCGGUGUAAUAAAUAAAUUUUAAAAUAAUUUUAAAAAUUUAUCCACUCACAAAUUUUGAGCUGGUUAGACCUGUUCCCACAUCUAUGGAGUUUCAUCUAGACAGUGCAGAAUACUGUCAGGCACAGCACAAAUAAAAAUUUUCUUUCUUGGUGGAAAACACAUAAAAAACGUUUGCUGCAACACGCAAGAAAACCGGUGGUCAAUUUUUCGAGUGUGCAGAGAAAUAUUUUUGGAGUCUUCGGUGUUUUUGGAACAGGCACCAAAAAUUAAAGUAUUUUCAAGAGAAGAGAGAACUUAACUUUUAGGUUUUCUCUUUAUUUUUCUUUUUUUCUCUUAAAUUUCGGUUCGUUGAGUUUCGACUCCAAAAAAUUUUGAAAAGAGCGUGCAUAUCAAAAGGAUUUUUAUUUAAACUUUAAGUUUUUGACGAAUCAGCAAAAGAAUAAAAAUUUUUAAUUAAAAUACUAAUAAAAAAAUUGCGACCCCACAAACUUUCUCUGGAAUAAGUUAAUCGAAAAAUUGUGACUUAUUUUCCUUCCCACAAAAUUCAAAAUUUGGCAAGAAACUUCAAUUUAUAUUCGCUAAAUACUGAAAUCCAAUUAAUUUUGUUAAAAACUAAAACUUGUAAGCAGGGAUCUAAAACGGUUUUUAAAAUCACAGAAAAACUCACUGAUAAAACCUGAAACUAUUUUUGAAAUUUAUUCAUUUUUUGUGAUAACCAAAAACAAAAUAAUAAAAAAAAACAACAAAAACAAAAAUCAAUAUCAUAAGUUUAUGC